ACAGACAGUUGGAUAUAGGAUAGUACCUGAACCAACCAAUCCACCAUGACUAAAACAUGCCUACUACUUCUUUCACUGGGAUUUCUCAGUUUCUUUAGAGCUGCUUUUUGCUGUCCAAAUGAUCAAAAACAAGCCCUUCUCAAGUUCAAAUCUGCAUUCCAGGAGAAUAUUGCUGUUAAUUCAUCUUCUUCGGAUGGUUUCUUCAUCAAUGGACUUGAGGACUGGAACUCCACCUCUGAUUGUUGUAGUUGGGAUAGAGUCAUUUGUGAUUCUAGACCAAAUUCUAGAGCUGUGAUUGCUCUCUAUCUGGAUUCCCUUCAAUCUCUUGAGCCUGUGGUGGUCAAUUCUUCUGUUUUGGCGCCCCUUUUUGGUAUAAAAUCUUUGAUGAUGCUUAUCUUGUCCUCAAAUCACAUACAAGGCCAAAUACCGGGUGAAGGGAUCGCCAAUCUUGGAAACUUAGUUCAUCUUGACUUAACGCAGAACAACUUUACUGGCUCUAUUCCUCCACAAGUUUUUCACUUGAGGCACCUCCAAUAUCUAGACUUGAGUGGGAAUUUGCUCACUGGUGUUUUGAAUCCUGAAGUGGGAUAUCUUCAAAAGCUGAGGACAUUGAAGCUGGAUGACAACUUUAUUGGUGGGAACAUUCCCACGGAGAUUGGAAACCUCACCAAGAUUCAAGAAUUGUCCCUCAGAAACAACCGUUUUUCUGGUGGAAUCCCACUCUCAGUAUUGAACUCGAAGGGAUUGCAAGUGUUGGAUUUAAGGGAAAAUUCAUUCUCACAGAAGAUUCCGACAAUGAUUGGGAGCUUGUCAAAUCUGUCAACUUUGGCCUUGAGCAAGAACAAGCUGACGGGUGUUAUUCCAAGUUCAAUACAGAACAUGACCAAGUUGGAGACUCUCAAGUUGGAUAACAAUAUGCUUACUGGUGAAAUUCCAUUGUCGUUAUUCAACAUAAAGGCUCUGAAAAAUCUGUUUCUUGGAAGAAAUGCAUUGAAAUGGAACAACAAUGCCAAGAUAGUGCCUCAAUGCAUGUUAUCUGGACUGUCCCUUCAGUCUUGUGGCCUUGUAGGACCGAUCCCAAGAUGGAUCUCUUCACAAAGAAGUCUUGAUUACUUGGAUUUGAGUAACAACCAGCUUGAAGGAAUUUUCCCUCGGUGGCUUGCAGAUAUGGAGCUUGGAACUGUUAUUCUGUCAGAUAACAAUCUAACAGGUUCUCUCCCUCCUAGUCUCUUCCAAUCCAUGAAUCUAUCACUUCUCCACCUUUCAAGAAACAGGUUUUCAGGGGAACUGCCAGAAAACAUGGGUAAUGCUACCGAGAUUAUGAUUCUCAUAUUGGCUGAGAACAGUUUCUCUGGGAAAAUUCCGAGCUCCAUCACCAAUAUUUAUCGCUUGCUUCUGUUGGACUUGUCAAAGAACAGACUUUCUGGCACAAUUCCAGUUUUUGGUCCAACUUCUUUUCUUGCGUAUGUUGAUAUAUCCUCGAAUGACUUCUCCGGGGAAGUUCCUCUAACCUUUUCACAAGAAAGUAGGAUUUUAGCCUUAGGGGGCAACAAUUUUACGGGCAGUUUAGCUAGGAACCUGACCAAUUUUUACAUGCUUGAACAUCUUGAUCUUCAUGACAACAGAAUCACAGGAGAACUCCCAAACUUUAUCUCAGAAAUGUCCACCCUUAGAAGCUUGAAUUUGAGGAAUAAUUCCCUACAAGGUUCAGUUCCUCGUGGCAUUUCAAACUUACGUAAUCUUCAAAUCCUUGACUUGUCACACAACAGCUUCACCGGAAGCAUCCCUGCAGAGGUCGGAAAUCUAGUUGGAAUGAUUGAAACACCAAGAACCUUCUCAUCAAUUUCAUUCCUUUUCACCUUCUCAAUUGAGUACACUGACCUGAUAGUGAACUGGAAGAGGUCAGUCCAAGGUCUAUCAUCGAGUGCCAGCAUCAACAUCUACUCUUUGCUGGACUUGUCAAAAAACCAUCUUUCUGGUGAAAUCCCAUCUUCUUUAGGCAACCUUAGAGGCCUCAAGAUGCUUAACAUAUCUUACAAUGGCCUUAAAGGGGAAAUUCCAGCAACUCUUGGGAAUUUGGAGAGUCUUGAGAGCAUAGAUUUGUCUCACAACACUUUAUCUGGUCCAAUUCCCAAGUCCUUUAUAAAGCUUCAACAACUCACUACUUUGGAUGUCAGCAAUAACCAUCUAAAAGGUAAAAUCCCAGUUGGUGGUCAAAUGGAUACAAUGGAUGAUCCAACUUUUUAUGCUAAUAAUAGUGGUCUUUGUGGCUUCCAAAUUCAACUGCACUGUCCCGACGACAAGCCACCACAACCAGUGGAAGCCGUGAAUGAGAGCAAUGAGUCAUGGUUUGCGUGGGAAGCAAUGUGGAUAGGAUUCCCAUUUGGUUUCGUUGUAUCAGCCAUAGUCAUAUUUCUUACUGGAUUCUGCACCCCCAAGAUGUUUAAACAACAGCAUAGACGCUCAUAAGAAAGAAGACUCGGAGCUGAAGCAGUAGUAGCAUUUUAAUUUGGUCAAUCCCUAGAAGAUACAUAGUACAAAUUGAGAAACUGAUAAGCCACGUAUAUUUCAUACUUAUUCAAGGAGGAAGAAGCA